UCCUCGAUAACAGGCCUUCUUCCCUUUUUGUUUCUCGACCCCAUCGCGUUCUGUACACAGCUGGCCGCUGAUUCACACUCCCUUCUUGUUCGCUUUCACCUUUGAACGAACUUUCCAUUCCUUAUACCCACCCGAGCCUCGUCACUUUUGAGUUGUCGUUGCUCCCUUCAGUCCCUCUCGUCCAGAACGAAGCUGCUGUUGAACAGUCCACUCCUUGAUACUACCUACAUAGGCAAAGCCCAGAGCUUACACCUCGAAAACCAACUCCGUUUCAGUCCUUUCUUCAGAAUAUCAUCGACGUCGACCUUCUUUGGAAACAACCAAACCUCCAUUUCAUCCAUCUCGACUUCAGCAGGCCUGUCCUCAGCUACAUACGAAUCCUUUCGUGCUCAGAAACUGCUCGCAAACUCACAACAGGAUACCCAACCUUUCCAUCCAUCAAAAUGAAGUUCUUCACUGCUGCCCUCGCUUUGGCCUCCGCCGCCAACGCCCACACUCUAUUCUCUGAGCUGUACAUCAACGGCGAGUCCCAGGGCGAUGCUACCUGCAUCCGCAUGCCCAAAGAGGGUGAUACUGCCACUUCCCCCGUUGCCGGCUUGACCAACCAAGAUAUGGCUUGCGGCAAGGACGGCCAGAUCGCUGCCGCGUACACGUGUGCCGCCCCCGGCAGCGCCAAGCUGACCUUUGAGUUCCGCCAGUGGCCCGACAAACGCCAGGAAGGAUCCAUCGACCCUUCUCACAAGGGCCCCUGUGCUGUGUACAUCAAGAAGGUCGACGACAUCGCCACGUCGGCCGCCGCUGGUCCCGGCUGGUUCAAGAUCUGGGACGAGGGCUACGACGAGUCCACCCAGCAGUGGUGCGUCGACAAGCUCAUCGACAACAAGGGUCUCCUCACCGUUGAGCUUCCCUCUGGUCUCCCCGCAGGCUACUACCUCGUCCGCCCCGAGGUUCUCGCCCUCCACCAGGCCGUCAGCCUGAAGGACCCCCAGUACUACGUCGGCUGCGCCCAGAUCUACAUUCAGGACGGUCCCUCGGGCUCCCUCGAGAUUCCCUCUGAGUACGCCGUCAGCAUCCCCGGCUACGUCGAUGGCUCCGAGCCCGGUAACACCUUCAACCUCUACGACAACCCCCAGUUCCCCUACCCCGUCCCCGGCCCCAAGCCCUACAGCCCUACCGGCACCUCCGUGAGCGCCAAGGAUGUGUCCUUCAAGGGCGGUGUCCCUAGCGACUGUCUGCUCAAGAACGCAAACUGGUGCGGGAAGGCCGUUGAGAGCUACACCACCGAGACGGGCUGCUGGGCCGGCGUUGACGCCUGCUACCUCCAGGGCAACGAGUGCUUCGAUUCCGCGCCCCCGACCGGCGCCGCCAACUGCUACGUCUGGAACGACAAGAUGUGCAAGGGUCUUGAGGCCCAGUGCAGAGCUAAGAACUUCAACGGCCCCCCUCAGAUCGACAUGGAGGAGAAGACUACCGCCGCCCCCGGCCCCCUCCCCGUCGCCGUCAACCUGAACCUCCUGGGUGGCUCUUCCAGCUCUAACACCGGCUCCGGCUCUGGCGCUGCUUCCUCCGCCCCCGCCCCCAGCCCCUCCAAGACUGCCGUCGCUUCCUCCGCCGCCCCCGCCGCCUCUUCUGUGGCUGCCACCCCCGUGCCCGAGUACGCUGCUGAGGAGCCCGUGGCCACAAGCAAGCCCGUCGCCACCGUCGCACCCGUCUCCUCCGCCGCCCCUGUCCCUGUUUCUUCUACUGUUGCCGCCCCUGUCCCCUCUGCCACCAACGGCCUGAAAAUCUCCCCCGACGGAACCUGCGGUGGCGAGACCGGCUUCACCUGCCAGGGCAGCGAGUUCGGCUCCUGCUGCUCCAUCAGCGGCAAGUGUGGCAGCAAGAUCCUCCAAUGCAGGCCCUCCUGCGGCUGCCAGGGCAAGUUCGGUCUCUGCCUCGAGGCCAGCAGCCUCCGCAAGAGCAAGCACAACUAAAGAAACCCUCGCGGCUCUUCAUCACACCACGACAGGAAAAGAAAAGAAAAGAUAGGGAAACGUGGUCAUGACGAUUAUGAAAGAAACAAAACAACAACAACAACAACAACAACAACAUGGGUGUAUCCCCUCAUCGGAUUACAUUCAACUUCGCUUCGGGGUUUUUUUUUUUUUUUUGCAUUACUUUCGAUUUCACAACGGGGGAGGGUGAACAACGGGAUUGGUGAACAUAUCACGGAUGGGAUUUUUCUUCUUCUCCAGAGGUUAUUUGAGCGGAAAAGAAAAAAGACAUUGGGACAGGAAAUCACGGGCUUUUUUCCAGGUCUUUCUUAGUGACUCUUUUCUUUCCGUGGCAUUCUUGUAUAUAGUCUGUACAAAUCGAUCAAACACAUGGAUC